CAAAAAAACACCUAGAUUCUUAAAAGGAAGACAUGUAACCGUUAACCUUUGACCUCUAACCUCUGACCUCUGCCGGUGACCUUGACCUCCCCAGACCAGGUCCGGAAGCUGCAGGAGGACUACCAGGAGGCUGCGCAGACCCUGCAGGAGCAGAAGGGACUCAUCUCCCAGCUGGAGGAAGAUCUCCGCAAUGUCAACGCGCUCUCCUCCAUGUUCCGGGGCGAUGCUGAGGGUACGCGGAGCACAUGCUCAAAGUGCAUGGAAAUGCCGACGGUCAUCCACACGGAUAGAUUAUGGAUGCUUCCAGCGGGUGCAGGAGGAUUAUCUGGACUGAUCUUAUGAGUUCAUGGCACCAUGGAGAUCAAGAUUAUCAGCAACUUUUCCAAGAACAUGAUGUUGUCAAUGCUCUCUUUUUUGCUCGUUACUCCUUGAGAUCUGGUUUGAAAAAAAAAAAAAUCUUUACCAUUCACCUCCACACUUCACCCUUGUCCUACCCACAGCAUCUGAUAAAGAGGAAAACGAAUUCUUUAUUUCUCUAUUAUUGAUAACUUUUACCUAAUGUAAAAAACAUAGCACAGAUUUCCUUCUCAAAGUCGCCUGUCAUCCCAGGAACCCAUGUUUAUGAAAGUUCCAAAGCUUUUCAAAUGACAUUUACAGGUUUUAUUUCUAUCUUGCAUUGAGAAAAAUCUUCAUAACCACUCAUCGGACGAAAGACAGUGUUAAAAAUCAUCAUAAACGGGUGUACGCUUAGACUUCCCAAAUUCUUGACUUUAACAAAAAGAAUUGAUCCAAAAAAGUAAAUCACCUGAAAAUCACUAUUUUCCAUUAAAGAUUAAUUGAUUAUUAUUUUCUCCAGAUUUUUCAAUGGUUUGUUUUAACUAAUUGACUCAAAGGGCAAAAAAAUAACAUAUACGUCUUCUUUACCUUUUGUAUAUUUUGUUAUCAUUAAGGAUUCGAAUACAAAGGUGAAUACCUGGUAUCAUGAUCAAAUUUAUGUGACAAAUAAUUCUGGAGACUCAUUUCUUUUUCAUGAAAACAAUUCUCAAUAAGUCUACCUUAGUGCGAAAAAAAAAAGUGAGAGAUCAAGAAAUAUGCCAUAAAGACAGCUAAUCCAGAUUUUUCUAACACAAUGACAAAUAAAUAUGUAAUCGGAAUUUUCAUUUGGCUACUUUAUUUUUAUCAUGAUUACAUCGUUUCAAGAUUUUAAAGAAAAAGACUGACAUUUGACUCAAAGUUCUUGCAUCACAGAUAUAUCAUCAUACACAUAUUCUGACAGAAUUAAGGAUGGGUUUCCCUUGACUUUCACUUCAUCAUUCAUACACUUUUACUGACCUAGCUCCUGAGCACGAUCAUUUCAUUCCUCCAUGUUUCUCAAGUCAAUCUCCGCCUCCUCACUGCACAUUGCUGACGGACAUCAUUUCUUUCACUACUAUCGAAAAAUUACUCUUUUCUUCAACUUAAAGUGGGAUCAAUAACUUUUAUCAUUGUGUGAUGUUUAUCCAAGCCUUCAUAUAUUCGUACUAAAUGAGCUCCAUUGUUGCAGCGUUUUUUAUCGUUGUUUGCCUUCCCAUCAAAUCUCCUGAAUGUAGAGGGAUUUCAGUUGAUAUUAUAUCGGUUUCUAUCUAUAUUGGAACUUCAGGAGAUCUAAUGUACCUUUUAUAAAAUUUCAAUUGCUAUCAUGCAUCAGUUGUUUCUUAUUGCUGGGACACACAUUGGUUCUAUCAACUUAAAAAUGAAGCAAAAUAACUCUCAAAAAUAAUUUGAAAUAUUCAUACAGAUAUUUUUUCUAAUUUCAAGUACAUGUACCUCAAAUUGCUUGAAACAGGUUUUGAAAAGAUCUCUAUUACUGAAUUAGCUACCCUUACAUUAAGUACAAGUUGAUUUUAAACUGAGGUACUGAUGUUUAUAAAUCAUAAAUACAAAGAAUUAAAAUUAAAUUGGCCUUCUGAGUACUUAAGGUACUCUGAAAUCUGAAGGCACUCCUGUCACGCUGAGCGUUUCUACAGUAUCAUCAUUACCAAAUCUGUAAUACAGAAAGUUGAAUAGUUUUAUCUUGAAAAUUUCAUAAAUACAUUGUUUCUUGUUGUUCUGUACGUGGGUUCUCAAAAUAAAAUCAAUCUUGGUA